AUGCGCUACUCCCUUACUCUCAUCGCCUUUGCCGUCACGGCCCUCGCCCUCCCCACCGCCAAGCCCGCCGACGACGGCUCAUGGGCUCCGGGCAAAUACGAGGGCCCCGGCACCCCCUACGAUGAUGGAAAGUGGUACCCUGGAAAAUACCCCGGUGCUAAGGAGAAGCGCGCCGACGACGGAUCCUGGGCGCCCGGAAAGUACGAGGGCGCCGGUACACCUUACGACGACGGCAAGUGGUAUCCCGGCAAAUACCCUGGCGCCAAGGAGAAGCGGGCCGAUGAUGGCAAGUGGGCUCCGGGCAAGUACGAGGGUGCCGGUACCCCCUAUGACGAUGGAAAGUGGUACCCCGGAAAGUAUCCUGGUGCCAAGGCAAAGCGUGCCGACGAUGGCAAGUGGGCUCCGGGCAAGUACGAAGGCGCUGGCACUCCUUAUGAUGACGGCAAGUGGUACCCUGGAAAAUACCCUGGCGCCAAGGAGAAGCGCGCCGAUGAUGGCAAGUGGGCGCCUGGCAAGUAUGAAGGCGCCGGCACCCCCUACGAUGAUGGAAAGUGGUACCCUGGAAAAUACCCCGGUGCUAAGGAGAAGAGGGCGGAUGACGGCAAGUGGGCGCCUGGCAAGUACGAGGGCGCCGGUACUCCCUACGAUGAUGGCAAGUGGUACCCUGGCAAGUACCCCGGUGCUAAGGAGAAGAGGGAGGAUGAUGGCAGCUGGUAUCCUGGCAAGUACGAGGGCGCCGGUACUCCCUACGAUGAUGGCAAGUGGCACGAGGGCAAGUACGAGGGCAAGGGAACCCCCUAUGAUGAUGGCAAGUGGCACCCUGAGCAGUGA